GGCAGCGCCGCCGAGGCCGCCCCGGCCCUCGAUUUGUCUAAGGAGCCGGAGAGAGGAGCCCCGCUGCCGCUUCUGGGGAGCCCGGGGAAGAGGACCAGCCCAGCAAACACUUAGAAGGCGCCUACUGUGUGCAGAGGACCGGGGUCACCUGCUUCCGGACCCUGGUAACGACCCCACCCCCGCCUCCUCCCCUUCUCCGUCGGGGGCUUGUAAAUAGAAUUGCAUACCAUUGCAGCCAUGGAGUCCAUGCUGAAUAAGUUGAAGAGUACGGUUACAAAAGUAACAGCUGAUGUCACCAGUGCGGUAAUGGGAAAUCCUGUCACCAGGGAAUUUGAUGUUGGUCGACAUGUUGCCAGUGGUGGCAAUGGACUAGCUUGGAAGAUUUUUAAUGGCACAAAAAAGUCAACUAAACAGGACGUAGCUGUUUUCGUCUUUGAUAAAAAGCUGAUUGACAAAUAUCAAAAAUUUGAAAAGGAUCAGAUCAUUGAUUCUCUGAAACGAGGAGUCCAACAGUUAACCCGGCUUCGACACCCUCGACUUCUUACCGUCCAACAUCCUUUAGAAGAAUCCAGAGACUGCCUGGCAUUUUGUACAGAACCAGUAUGUGCAAGUUUAGCCAAUGUUCUUGGGAACUGGGACAAUCUGCCUUCCUCAGGGUCCCCUGACAUUAAGGAUUAUAAACUUUAUGAUGUCGAAACAAAAUACGGAUUACUUCAGGUUUCUGAAGGAUUGUCAUUUUUACAUAGCAGCGUGAAAAUGGUUCAUGGAAACCUAACUCCAGAAAAUAUAAUAUUGAAUAAAACAGGAGCCUGGAAAAUAAUGGGCUUUGAUUUUUGUAUACCAUCAACAAAUCCUUCUGAACAAGAGCCUAAGUUUCCUUGCAAAGAGUGGGAUCCAAAUUUACCUUCAUUAUGCCUACCAAAUCCUGAAUAUUUGGCUCCUGAAUACAUACUUUCUGUGAGCUGUGAGACAGCAAGUGAUAUGUACUCUUUAGGAGCUGUUAUUUAUGCUGUAUUUAAUAAAGGAAAACCUAUCUUUGAAGUCAACAAGCAAGACAUCUAUAAGAGCUUCAGUAGGCAGUUGGAUCAGCUGAGUCGUCUAGGAUCCAGUUCUCUUCAGAACAUACCUGAGGAAGUUCGGGAACAUGUGAAAUUACUUUUAAAUGUGACUCCUACUGUCAGGCCAGAUGCAGAUCAGAUGACAAAGAUUCCCUUCUUUGAUGAUGUCGGUGCAGUCACGCUACAAUACUUUGAUUCCUUAUUCCAAAGAGAUAAUCUUCAGAAAUCACAGUUUUUCAAAGGACUCCCGAAAGUUCUACCCAAACUACCCAAGCGUGUGAUAGUACAAAGAAUUUUGCCUUGCUUAACCUCAGAAUUUGUAAACCCUGAUAUGGUACCUUUCGUUUUGCCCAAUGUUCUACUGAUUGCUGAGGAAUGUACCAAAGAAGAAUAUGUCAAGUUAAUUCUGCCGGAACUUGGCCCCGUCUUUAAGCAGCAAGAGCCUAUUCAGAUUUUGUUAAUUUUCCUACAAAAAAUGGAUUUAUUGCUAACCAAAACACCUCCGGAUGAAAUAAAAAACAGUGUUCUACCAAUGGUUUAUAGAGCCUUAGAAGCCCCUUCCAUUCAAAUCCAGGAACUUUGCCUGAACAUCAUUCCAACCUUUGCAAACCUCAUAGACUAUCCAUCCAUGAAAAAUUCUUUAAUACCAAGAAUUAAAAAUGCAUGUUUACAAACAUCUUCACUUGCUGUUCGUGUAAAUUCGUUAGUGUGCUUAGGAAAGAUUUUGGAAUACAUGGAUAAAUGGUUUGUACUUGAUGAUAUUCUACCCUUUCUACAACAAAUUCCAUCCAAAGAACCUGCGGUCCUCAUGGGAAUUUUAGGUAUUUACAAGUGUACUUUUACUCAUAAGAAGUUGGGAAUCACUAAGGAACAGCUUGCUGGAAAAGUGUUGCCUCAUCUGAUUCCUCUGAGCAUUGAAAAUAAUCUUAAUUUCAAUCAGUUCAAUUCUUUUAUUUCGGUCAUCAAAGAAAUGCUUCAUAGAUUGGAAGUGGAACAUAAAACCAAACUGGAGCAACUCCACAUAAUGCAAGAGCAGCAGAAAUCUUUGGAUAUCACCAGUCAAAUGAAUGCAUCUGAAGAGACAAAAAUUCCUAAUGCUGGUAGUCAGAUUGACAAAGUCUUUAACAAUAUUGGAGCAGACCUUCUGACUGGUGGUGGAUCAGAAAAUAAAGAGAAUGGGAUACAGAAUACACAGAAGAAAGCAUCACUGACACUUGAAGAGAAGCAGAAGCUAGCAAAGGAACAGGAACAGGCCCAGAAGUUGAAAAGUCAGCAGCCGCUGAAGCCGCAGGCCCACACCCCUGUGGUGCCCAUCAAGCAGACUAAGGACUUGACAGAAACUUUGAUGGAUAACAUGUCUUCUCUGACCAGCCUUUCUGUUAGCACUCCCCAAAUCUCGGCUUCCACUAGCUUCUCUCCAGGUCCGUCCAUGGGGAUGGGCAUGGGUUUUUCCACACCGGUUGAUAAUACAAAGAGAAGUUUGACAAAUGGCCUAAAUGCCAAUAUGGGCUUUCAGACGCCAGCAUUCAGCCUGCCAGCCGGUGCAAACCAGCAUCUCUUCAGCAGCCCAGUGACACCGGCAGUGGCCCAGAUGACUCUGGGGACGCCUUCUAGUUUACCGAACCUGCACUCUCGGAGGGCUUCAGCUGGAAUGUCACAGCAGACCCCACACAGACCCACUGAUAUGUCUGCUCUGGACAGUCUGUUUGGGCCUCAGAAACCCAAAGUUAGCAUGAACCAGUUAUCUCAACAGAAACCAAACCAGUGGCUUAAUCAGUUUGUACCUCCUCAAGGGUCCCCAGGGCCGGGCAGUUCAGUAAUGGCAACCCAGCUGAACAUGGUAGGACAGCCUGCCUUUGGUUUGCAGGGCAAUCCUUUCUUUAACCCACAGAACUUUGCACAGCCAGCCAAUAUGACUAGUAGCAGCUCAGCUAGCAAUGAUUUAAAAGAUCUAUUUGGGUAAGGCAUCUCGUGUUCAUUUUGAAGAAUUGAUUACAUUUUAAUCAUGGGUGAGCUGAUUUCCAUCUUGGUUUGUUUGAUUGAAUAUCUGGCUUGGAGGAACUUUCCCUACAGGAAGGAAUAUGAGUGAUUUGGUGGAGGAAAGCAAGGGUGUCCGCGUCAGCUUUGUAGCGAUGUAGAAUCCUGUCGUUUGUACACAUUGAAUGCAGUUUGAUUUGUUCCCCUCGCCUUCUCCCACAUCCUCUCCUCCCCCCCUUCUAGUGAUCUGAAGGCAUGGCCCUAACCAGGCUCGUUCAGAGCUGAAAACGUGGGUGUCGGUGGCUCAUCUCUCCCUGCGUAACUUGGUGCAACAAAUCAGUGACAAAGAGGAGUCGAUGGCAUCAGCAGGUUUUGUCUGCCCGGUGCCACCAGAGUCCACGUGCCACAGCUGUUCAGUUUUAAUUUUAAUUUGUUUUAUACCCAGUUGCUUGAAUUGAUUCCUGAAUUGGUGUUUCUCUAAGUAAAGCAAACUGUAAGCAUAUAGAAAGGGUAAGGUUGUUUGCCUUGAGCAAUCCUUAUGCAUUUUGUUGUUUUCUAGACAGUUCUCAGCAAAUAUUGCAGAAUUUCACUCAUCUUGCUUCUCAUUGGUUCAAACUGUAAAAGCCUCGUAAACCGUCAUCAGUGCAAGUGAAAUCCUUGUAAAACCUGGUGGAGCAUGGUCCGCCUCACGGCAUAGUGGGUUUUGUUCCUGGGUUCCCUGGGGAGUGCUUGGGAUCAUUUGGCUCUUUCUGCCUGUGCCCAUCUAAGUGGAGGAGCCCGGCUGGAUGGGUGCAGUCACUUGGCACUGCUCUGUGGUAGGGCAUUGCCCUGUCUCUUCUUGCCUUCUUGUGUUUGAACCGAAACUUGUGAGGUGCGUUUUCCAAGGCAGAUCUGUAAGAAUCCAAGUGUAUUUGGUGAAUAAACUUUUAAAGUUGGUGAUGCUGUAUUGCUCCAAAUGUAAUAAACUUUACUUCUCCAAAAAUGAGCAGUCGUAUCUUGUGCUUGCCAACAGUGAUGCUCAGCUUGCCCAUGAUACAGUCUGACCUCUUCUCCGUUAAUGCCACUGAAUGUUAAUUCUUCCUUUCCUAAGAAUUUCAGGAACCUUUAUUCUAACAUAUUGAUGUUCAGAGUUGACCAUUUGGUGGAAGGAAAGAAUUCAUUCUUUAACAUUUUUACAGAAAACCUACAUGCUUUAUUUUUUAUAGCCUUUCACUGAUGAUAUUGUUCUUUCAUUUGCUGCUUUAAAAAACCACAGGGCCUUAUGCUGUGAAUGUGAUUUGUAUUUUGUUAAAUUAUAUUUCCACAUUUAAUGCGGUGAUAAAUUUAAACACAUCUUUCAAAGAACUGUGUAUGUGUGUUAUGGUUGCUGCCUUCAUAUUUUUGUUUUGAAUUAUCUGGGACCAGCAGUGGUUUUAAAUAAACCAUGUGAAGAUUUGUGUGCUAUUGAUACUCUUGGUAGGUGUCCUGGGUUACACUGAAUUUGAUUAUAAAAUGUGAUGGGAUGAUAACAAAACAUUCUUGCUGCCAACAUGUGAUAUGAGGGGACUUUUUAAAAAAAUAAAUCAACUUUCACAUAUGA